AUGCUGCCGCCGGCCGAGCGAAAGUCGUCUUGUAGGCUGCCAAUCGAGCUCGUACUACAGGUCCUUGAGGAGGCUCAGUACGACGAUCUCGUGCCGCGUCACAAAUGGCUCAAGAACUAUGCCUUGGUUUGCCGCUCCUGGAGCAUUCACGCGCAGCGGCUCUUGUUCGCGUACGUCACUCUUCUCAAAGGGUCGGACCAUUGCCGCAAGUUCAGGAAACGAAUGAAGCUAGUCGAGUCGAGGGAUCCCGAACGCGCAUCGCUUCUAAAGGAGUCCAUCCGCACCCUUGGGAUGGCUGUGGACCACCAGGACAUUUAUGCGGACGUGAUCAGGUUAUGUCCGAACCUCCGGGAGCUCCAUCUCUCUCUCUAUCAUGCGUCAUUUCGCCGGGAUGUUCUGGAGGGCCUCGCUGCCGCAGGAUUACGAAUCAGCGCUCUUCGCGUGAAGGCUUACCAUUACUUGCCGCUCUUCCAACUACUUCCCCUCCUACCAAGUCUCGAGUAUCUCGAGGUCGACUGCAAUAGUAUCUUGGAUGACAUCCUCGCGAUACCCUCCAUUUCUCCCCCAGCGUGGCGGCUGAAAUACCUGCGCUACGCCAACAUGCGCCGACAUACUCAGGCAUUCGUCGAAUGGGUCCUUUCCGCGUCUGGAUCAGUCGCACGGGAGUCGCUAGAAGUGUUAAGCGUCAUCUCUCCCUCAUUCGAACUGUCGUCGAUUGCCGCUCUUGGCCUUGCGGACACGCUGCUCUCCCUCACUGUGCAACGUCUGCACGACAGCGACGACCUCUCUGUCCUUACACGCCUCCAGGAAAUCGCCGUCGUUCACCCCGAAGGCACCCCACCGACGUUCCGAUUGCUCCCAGCCGGAGUCGUACACAUCACACUGGACGCGAUUCCCAAAGCUACGGAAUGCGAAGUUGCGGUUGCUGGCCUCGCUGCGUAUCAUGAACGGUCGGGCGGGGCGUUGCGGGCGCUGACAUACAAUCGUCGAUGCAAUAACAAGGUUGACGGGCUGACGGACGUGGUGAUGCUGUAUGACUUCUGUACGGCUCGGAAGAUUCAGUUUCGCCUGAUGGAUCCGCCGUACGGCUCUUAUCCCGGAGAGAGAACUUCUCUACAAGCAGCCCAGUCGUUUCCGCGAGAGCUGCCGGUAUCGUCGCGUAGGCCCUCACAGUCGCAACUUGAGAAAGAGCCCCCAUGGAAGGUGCAGGGGAAGAGCACUUUUGCACGCAGGAUCGCGAACGUGGCUGGAAGAGCGUUUGGAAGCUCAAUCCCGCCUAUGGCAUUAGCGAGGGGUUGA